AUUAGUUAUGCAAAAUACAAAAAAAAAAUGUGAUGAGCUUUGCACCGGUGCAAAAUCUUUGGAAACAAAAUCUGCCCCUUUAGAUUUUAAACGAGACCUCGAGGAGCUGAGAACAAACGUAAGCGCGGGAACGUGCACGAGCGGGGCUUCCAGCCUCAAGCGACUCGUUUCACAUCGACGACCAAAAAUAAGAAGCUUAUUAAAGUAAUCGAUUAUUUUGAAGAUGUCUCAAAAGCCGUCCAACAAUAGGAGGAACGGCGCUAAAAACCUCAAGGAAAAAACAGGAGCCGGAGGGUACGACCCAACAGACUGUCGAUUUACUUUCUUCACCGAUGAUCUUGCCAAAAAAAUGGAGUCAAGUUUUGAAGAUCCAGCACCCCCUAGAGGAAGAAAGAGGCCGGUCAUAACCGAACCAGAUGAAGAGACAGAUGACAUCCCUGCUGGUGGAGAUGUCACAACCAUGCUUGAGAGAUUUGGAGCUGAUAUAAACAAAGCUCUUUCAGCCAAAAGAAAACGCAUGGAAGUGUACACCAAAUCCUCCUUAAAAACAAGCAACCUGAAGAUUGAGCAGAUCUGGAAAGCACAACAAAAUGACAGAAAUAAACUGACUGAUGACUACAGCAAGCAGUUUACAACAGUCUUUCAGCAGUGGGAAAGCGAUGUCCAAAAGUAUAAAGACCAAGAGGACAAACUAGGAAACAUGUUCCGGCAGCAGCAGAAACUGUUUCAGCAGAUGAGGGUGGUGCAGGGCCAGAGACUGAAGACUGUGAAACAGCUCCUGGACCAGUUUGUUAAGAAACUGGAAGAACUGGAGAGCAGCCACUCUGCGCAGCACUCUACUAUUCAAAAUGAACUACGCAAGGAAAUGGCUCUUUUUCAAAAAAAGAUCUUGAUGGACACUCAACAGCAAGAGAUGGCCUCAGUGCGUAAGUCCCUGCAGUCAAUGUUAAUGUGAAGCUUAACUUGAACUUACUGGACAGACUCAGAAGACUGAUGUAAAAUGGAGUAGAAAACAGUGUUCAAGACACCUUGAAAGUUUCCCAUGCAAAAUUGUUUUGAUUUGAACAAUAUGGAUUUAACUGUAAAAAACAUUUGGCAUGCCAGUUACCAUUUCUUUUAAAUUGAAAAAUGUUCCCUGGAAGAAUAAGUAUUCACAUUUGUAUUGUAAACAGGGUCUAGUUUGUGCUCGUUUAUGUGUUUGUCAGUCGUCAUGAAUAUGUAUAUGCUUUCAACAUUUCCUUGUUAUUGUAACAGAUUUGAGGUUUAAGAAAAAGAUUCAAGUGAAAAUUAAUGCAUU